GCGGCGGCCGGGUCGCCCCGGGCAGAGAUCGCUGAGGCGCGCCGCUGACCUGCGGCAUGGAGGACCCUGCGGCGCCCGGGGCCGGGGGACCGCCCACCAAUGGCAAUGGCAACGGCAACGGCAACGGCGGCGGCAAAGGGAAGCCGGCGGCACCCAAGGGCCGGGAGGCGUUCCGCAGCCAGCGGCGGGAGUCGGAGGGUUCUGUGGACUGCCCCACUCUGGAGUUUGAAUAUGGAGAUGCAGAUGGGCAUGCAGCAGAGUUGUCAGAAUUGUAUAGCUACACUGAGAACCUGGAAUUCACCACUAACAGGAGAUGCUUUGAAGAAGACUUCAAGACUCAAGUGCAAGGGAAGGAAUGGCUGGAAUUGGAAGAAGAUGCCCAAAAGACCUAUGUGAUGGGACUUCUGGACCGGCUGGAAGUGGUCAGUAGGGAGCGGCGACUGAAGGUGGCCAGGGCUGUUCUGUAUUUGGCCCAAGGCACUUUUGGGGAAUGUGAUUCAGAGGUUGAUGUGCUACACUGGUCCAGGUACAACUGCUUCCUGCUCUAUCAGAUGGGGACCUUCUCGGCCUUCCUGGAGCUUCUCCACAUGGAAAUCGACAACAGCCAGGCCUGUAGCAGUGCUCUUCGGAAACCAGCUGUCUCCAUUGCUGAUAGCACAGAGCUCCGGGUACUGCUGAGUGUCAUGUACCUAAUGGUGGAAAAUAUCCGCCUGGAGCGAGAGACAGACCCCUAUGGGUGGAGGACAGCACGGGAGACCUUCCGCACUGAAUUGAGCUUCUCCAUGCAUAAUGAGGAACCUUUUGCCCUUCUGCUCUUCUCCAUGGUUACCAAGUUCUGCAGUGGCCUAGCCCCCCACUUUCCCAUUAAAAAGGUCCUUCUUCUGCUCUGGAAAGUGGUUAUGUUUACCCUUGGUGGAUUUGAGCAUCUGCAGACUCUCAAAAUAAAGAAGCGGGCAGAAUUGGGCCUGCCUCCACUGGCCGAGGACAGUAUCCAGGUGGUGAAGAGCAUGCGUGCUGCCUCCCCACCCUCUUACACUCUUGACCUGGGGGAAUCUCAGCUGGCACCACCACCCUCCAAGCUGCGAGGCCGUCGUGGUUCUCGAAGGCAACUCCUCACUAAGCAGGAUAGCCUCGAUAUUUACAAUGAAAGGGAUCUUUUCAAGACUGAGGAUCCAGCCACAGAGGAGGAAGAGGAAUCUGCUGGUGAUGGAGAACGAACCUUAGAUGGAGAGUUAGACCUGCUAGAGCAGGACCCUCUGGUGCCACCUCCACCUUCACAGGGACCCCUCUCAGCUGAGAGAGUGGCCUUUCCCAAGGGCUUGCCCUGGGCCCCAAAGGUCAGACAAAAGGACAUUGAGCACUUCUUGGAGAUGAGCAGGAACAAGUUCAUCGGAUUCACCCUGGGGCAGGACACAGAUACCUUGGUUGGAUUACCCAGACCCAUCCAUGAAAGUGUGAAGACCCUAAAGCAGCACAAGUAUGUCUCCAUCGCAGAUGUGCAGAUCAAAAAUGAAGAAGAACUAGAGAAAUGCCCCAUGUCUUUGGGAGAAGAGGUGGUACCAGAAACACCAUGUGAAAUCCUUUACCAAGGCAUGCUGUACAGCCUCCCCCAAUACAUGAUUGCUCUGCUUAAGAUUCUCCUGGCUGCAGCCCCAACCUCCAAGGCUAAGACAGACUCUAUCAAUAUUUUGGCCGAUGUCUUGCCUGAGGAGAUGCCCAUCACUGUUCUCCAGAGCAUGAAACUAGGCAUUGAUGUGAAUAGGCACAAGGAGAUCAUAGUAAAAAGUAUUGCUGCCCUGCUCCUACUACUCCUCAAACACUUCAAACUCAACCAUAUCUACCAGUUUGAAUAUGUAUCACAACAUUUGGUAUUUGCCAACUGCAUCCCUUUGAUCCUGAAGUUCUUCAAUCAAAACAUCUUAUCCUACAUCACUGCCAAAAACAGCAUCUCAGUCCUGGAUUAUCCCGGCUGUACCAUCCAGGAUUUGCCAGAGCUCACUACCGAAAGUCUGGAAGCUGGAGACAACAACCAGUUCUGCUGGAGAAAUCUCUUUUCUUGCAUCAACCUCCUGAGGCUACUCAAUAAACUGACCAAAUGGAAACAUUCCAGGACCAUGAUGCUGGUGGUGUUUAAAUCAGCACCAAUCUUAAAACGGGCCCUCAAAGUCAAACAGGCCAUGCUGCAACUUUAUGUCUUGAAGCUGCUAAAGAUACAGACCAAGUACCUGGGGCGCCAGUGGAGGAAAAGCAACAUGAAAACCAUGUCAGCCAUUUACCAGAAAGUGCGUCACCGCAUGAACGAUGACUGGGCUUAUGGGAAUGACAUUGAUGCCAGGCCAUGGGACUUCCAAGCAGAAGAAUGCACCUUGAGAGCCAACAUCGAGGCUUUUAACAGCCGCCGAUAUGACAAACCCCAGGACUCUGAAUUUUCACCUGUUGAUAACUGCUUACAGAGUGUUCUGGGGCAGAGGUUGGAUCUUCCAGAAGAUUUCCACUAUUCCUAUGAGCUGUGGCUGGAGAGAGAGGUGUUUUCACAGCCGAUCUGUUGGGAGGAACUGCUCCAAAAUCACUGACUGAGCUCUUAUCGACAAAGCAUCUGAUAGAUGGAGGUUGGCUCCAAAUAAAUGGUGCUCUGCCCAUUUAGCCUUUGUUUCUGGCUCUAGGAUGCAUGUCAAGGGAGCAUCUGGCCCAUACCUGAGGCAGCCAGCAUAGUUCAGGGCUAUUCUGGAGGAAGUUUAGCCUGGAAAUGGCUCCUGAGUCACAACAAACUGAUCUGCUUGCCCUAACAUCAGCCUUGGAAAUCUCUUGGUGGAUUUUUGAUGAGACCUGCUUUAGUCUUGCCUAGAACCAGGCUAACCUUUGCUGGCCCUAAGAAUGAGAGGAAAUUUGUUAUGGUAUUUGAUCCAUGGCAUUUAUCAUAGGUAGUGGAACAGGAGCAAGUCACAAAUAAGAAGAAAGUGCUGGGUGCAGUAGCACAUGCCUGAAAUCCCAGCUGCUCAGAAGACUGAAGCAGGAGGAAUGCCUGGACAAUUUAAUGAAACCCUGUCUCAAUUUUUUUAAAAAAAAAGGGCUAGGGGUAUAGCUCAGUGGUAGAGCCUUGCCUAGCAAGCACAAACUCUGGGUUUAAUUCCUGGUACCACUAAAAAAAUUUAAAAAAUUAAAAAAACUAGGUGAAACCAACUUUAAGACUGCAUUUUACAUUUAAAAUUUGGACACUUCUUUCUAAAAUCAUUAGUUCUAAGAUGAUUUUAGAGCACCUGCACCUUUUUGCGAAGGAUGAUGAUUUACUAUUCCCUAAACAUUGCAUGUUAUAAAAGAGUGUAUUGUGUAGAGUGGUUCUUUUAUUUUGUAAGAGAGCUAUGUUCAAUGUGAAAAUUAUUUCCUUGUAUACUCUGUAUGGGGCAUGGAGUGCUUUGCCAUUUGUAAACAGCCAUAGUCAAUAUGAAAUGAUCAGGCCUUCUUUAAGGAUGUUUCAUGUUUUUCUGAAAUUACUUAGUAUUUAAAUGGUUGGGUACACUGCAGAAAAUUAUCCUUUUCAUUUAAUUCAUUUUUUUAAAUGACAAGUUAACCACAGGAGGUUUUAUUUAUUGAGAUGGCAUGUCCAUUUGUGUUGAUUAUUUUUUUUAAUUGAAAAGAACAGCAAGAGAAUCACAGCUUACUAUUUUUUCUUCUGAAAUGUUGAUUGAUUUAUUUUCUUUUUACUGCUAGCAAAGUGUCCUGUGGAGAUUUAGCAAUGCUGUUUCUACCUAAAAGUUGCACAUUUCAUAGAAAAUAAAAGGGCUGAUAUAUCAACCUUUUUAUAUUACAUUCUUUUUGCAGCAGAACUGCAUACUUUCCAAAAGAAACAAGGUUUUUAGAAAGGUUCCUAAUUCAGUCAGGAUCAUUUUUUCUUGUGUUCCCCAGUUAUGUCAUCUAUAUCUUCUAGCUUUUUCACUUUAAAUUCCACCCUUCCAACAGACACUACUGAUUCUUUUUAUGAUGGCAUCAGGACACUAUGCCAAGAGGUCUUGUCUAAAUUGGCUUUGUCAACUAUUUGGAGGUUAUGAUAGGGUACCUGAUAAUAUCCAAAGGAAUUAUACCAGAAUCUAAUAAGUACCUCUUUUUCCUUUAGGAUAGCAGGAUUUUUGUCUUUAUGGAAAAGUCAUGAAGAAUUUAAGUAUAUAGUGGAUGACACUUAUUUAAAUAUUUAAAAAAAUCUUUACCUAAGUAGGACACCUGUCCUCAUUGCAAUCAAAUAAUUUACUGAGUAAUAUCUUCUGUAAAUUAUAUUAAUCUGGGGUCCAGCUAGUAUGAUUUUAAUAUUAUUUGAAUGAAAAGAUAAUUUUCAAGGUAAGAGCAAUCAUCAAUCUAUUUCUUUUAAAGCCAUGUAAUACUCAAUUUGUGUCAAGAACAAAUUAGUUGCCCUUUAGAAAUAUGCACAUGGGUGCUUUCUGAGGCACAGGAGUAUGCCAAGCUUUAACAUUUCAUACUUGAUAAUUCUUCUCUAAAGGAAGAUUAAUUCUCAAUGCAGAUAGAGAAAUUGAAGUACCAAUGAUAAAUAACUGACUUUAAAUCACAUCAUUUUUUUUUUACUGAUAUGCUGGUUCUAGCUUUCAGGUAUUAACAUCCAGCCCCAUAUCUAAGGUAACAAAUCUGAAUCUCUCAAUUUGAGAAUCUGUGUGUGUGGUUAGGAAUAAAUUCCAAAUAACCACCCUCUAAUGGUGAUUACUGUUUCUACAUAGAACACUAUUUGAGUGAUUUAUAAAGUAGAGUAGUUUUUUGUUUGUGUUGAUUGUUGAAAAUACCAUUUAUCUUGUUAAGCACUAUAAUAAAAAGAAAAAUAAGCUUGAA